AUAUUACUCCUCUCACCCCCGCCACCUCUCAAAAAGCACAAAUCGAUUAACCCCAUGGAAGAGAUCAAACUUCUCCCCAAGAAGUCUCGCCGGGCUGGACCCACUCUUCGAGGCGGGACCCAGCUGCCGGAGAGCCCAAGAUUGCCCAUGGAGUUUCUCUCGAGGUCAUGGAGUGCUUCGGCUCUUGAAGUCUCCAAAGCUCUUGCUGUUCCCCCUACUUCUCCUCCUCCUCCUCCUCUCCCUUCUUUUUCAUGCAUGGGUUCCAAGUCUGCUAGUGGCUCUUCGUCUUGCACCACCAACUCUAUACCCGAGGACAUUUCGGGUGAGGUCGAAGAACUUCCACCAGCAAAUCUGUCCGGGAACCAGUUCUCUUUCGCCUUCUCUGCUACUUCCCAGCUUGUUCUUGACCGCAUUAUGUCACAAUCUGCGAGAGAGGAGGUGUCACCGUUAACGUCAGGGAGGCUAUCUCACAGUAGUGAACCUUUGAAUGGCGUUGGUUCUUUAACCGGAACAGAUAGCCCACCAGUUUCUCCCACUGAUGAAUUCGACGAUGUCGUUAAGUUUUUCCGUGCCAAUAACACCAUUCAUCAUCUAUUUAACGGUGGCCGGGCCAGUUCUGGCAACGCCAAUGGCGGCAAUCCCGGUGCUGGAGCCAAGACAGUUGGAAGGUGGUUGAAGGACAGGAGGGAGAAGAAGAAAGAGGAAACAAGAGCCCACAAUGCCCAGCUCCAUGCAGCUGUUUCCGUUGCUGCCGUGGCUUCGGCCAUAGCAGCCAUAGCAGCAGCCACAGCAGCCACUUCAUCAUCGGGAAAGAAUGAGCAGUCGGCCAAGACUGACAUGGCCGUGGCGUCGGCGGCAACAUUAGUGGCCGCGCAGUGUGUAGAAGCUGCAGAAGCCAUGGGAGCUGAGCGUGAUCACCUUGCUUCCAUUGUCAGCUCGGCUGUUAAUGUCCGUUCUCAUGACGAUAUCGUUACUUUAACAGCAGCAGCAGCUACUGCUCUACGAGGGGCGGCAACCUUGAAGGCAAGAGCCCUGAAGGAAGUGUGGAAUAUUGCAGCAGUCACACCGCUGGAAAAAGGAAUGGCCGGAAUCGGGUUUUGUGGUAAAGGCAAUAACGGUCUUCCUAGUAGCAGCUCCAGUGGAGAGCUUGUUCCUGUAGAGAAAUUUCUAGGCAUCGAUAGCCAAGACCUUCUUGCUCGGGGCACUGAACUCCUUAAACGCACCCGUAAAGGUGAUCUUCAUUGGAAGAUUGUCUCUGUUUAUAUUCAUCGAACGGGCGAGGUAAUGCUGAAGAUGAAGAGCAAGCAUGUUGCAGGGACCAUCACCAAAAAGAAAAAGAAUGUUGUGUUGGAGUUGUACACGGACAUGCCAGCAUGGGCAGGAAGACAUCUGUUUGAUGGUGCAGAGCAGCGUCGAUACUUUGGAUUGCAGACUGAGACUCGAGGUGUUGUGGAGUUCGAGUGCAAGAACCAAAGAGAAUACGAUAUCUGGACUCAAGGGAUUUCGAGUCUUCUUUCCAUUGUGGCAGAAAGAAAGAAGAGACAGAGUACUUGAGUCUUCGCCUAGCUAGCUACUUUGAAAUAACCAUCAGUAAUUGAAAUAGGGGCACAGGCAGUAGUCCUAUAUAUUA